UUCACACAUACUCUCUCAUUCACUGUACAGUACUCCUGCAAGGAUGGCAGACAGUUUCUCUCUCUUGGAAGAGGAUCUGUCGUGUCCAGUGUGCUGGGAGAUCUUCAUGGAGCCGGUGAUCCUCUCCUGCAACCACAGCCUCUGCAGGGCCUGUUUGGAGGAGAGCUGGAGUAAAGGAGGGACGCAGGACUGCCCAGUCUGCAGAAGGAGGUCGGCCAGAGACCAGCCACCUCCCAACCUAGCCCUGAGGCAUGCCUGUGAGACGCUACUAAGAGAGAGGGAGCCCAAAGACACUCUUGGGCCCGCAAAGGAGCCAACCGAGGAGCCAACCGAGGAGCCGACAGAGGAGUCUGCAAAGAAUGCUACAGAGGGGAUGGUAGAGGAGGCUACAGGCAGGCUCUCACAGAGUGAAAACACCAGCCACAGUGGUCCACAGGGUGUAUGUAGCUUACACUCGCAGAAACUCCAGCUCUUCUGCUUAGAGGAUGAGUGUCUGGUGUGUGUGGAGUGUGUGUUGGAGCAUGCAGACCACAGCUUCUGCUCUGUGGGGAAGGCAGCAGGUCAGAGGAGGGAGGGACUCAGACCCCAACUGGAGGCCCUGCAGGAGAAAAUGGCUGCCUUUAGCAAAGCUGAGCUCACCUGUGACAAAAUGGCUGCUCACAUCAGGGUGCAGACCCAGAGAGCAGAAAGGCAGAUAAAGGAGGAGUUUGAGAAGCUACACUGCUUCCUGAGGGAUGAGGAGGUGGAGAGACUAGCUGAGCUGAAGGAGGAAGAGGAGGAGAAGAACAAAAGGAUGAAGGAGCGAGUGGACGAGAUAAGUGAGAUUAUGUCAUCUCUGUCAGACACAAUUAGGGCUGUGGAGGAGAAACUGGCAGUGGAUGAUGAUGUGUCGUUCCUGCAGAGCUACAAAAUGACAAUGGAGAGAACGCAGAGUGUGCCUGAGGACCCAGAGUUGGGCUCAAGAGCACUGAUCAACUUGGCCAAACACCUGGGCAACCUCAGUUUCCAGGUCUGGGAGAAGAUGCAGAAGGCAGUGAAAUACACACCUGUGGUUCUAGACCCAAACACUGCACAUCCCGAUCUCUAUCUAUCUGAAGAUCUGACGAGCCUAAGACGUGAAGAUAAACUACAGUCUCUCCCAGACAACCCAGAGAGGUUUGAUAUAUAUUGUGACAUCUUGGGUUCAGAGGGGUUCACUUCAGGGACACACUUCUGGGAUGUGGAAGUCGGAGAAAGUGAUGACUGGAUGGUAGGAGUGGCCAGCGAGUCUGUUAGUAGGAAACCGGAGAUAGAUAAAGAAGGUGGAGUAUGGGCUGUUGGGGCAUGUAAUGGUGAACCUUAUAACAUGAAGAAAAAGACACAGAGGAUUAGAGUUUCCUGGGACAAAUGGGAGGUGUCCUUCUUUGGUCUUAGUCCAUAUAGUCACAAACUCAAAACUAUUCAGCACAAAUGUACAGAGAGAAUGUAUCCACACUUUUAUUUGCACAACGGUCAAACACUGCAGAUCCUUCCAGGGAAAGUCUCUCUGAAGGUGGAGAACCAUACUGUAUGAACACUUGAAUGUAAGAGUUUCCCCAUUCAACUUGUUUCUCCUCAGCAGUGUACAAAGUAACACUCAUCAAUAUGACUUUGGUUGCUUUUGAGAUGGAGAAUAUAAUUGCAUUGUCAUUUAAAACUAUGUUGCAGUGUUUUGAAAGCUUUGAAUGUAUGUGUUUAUGCAUAUCACUAACCUUUCAAUGUAAAAAGAAAGAUUGAAAAAAUACAUAUAAAUUGAUUUAUUUUUUCUUCAAUA